UUCUUCGCGAAUCCACCACAGAGUCUCUCUUUCCAGUUGUGGCGCAUGGCAACGUCAUCGCCAUUUCUCCCAGUCCUCCAACACCAUCGACAUUAGCGAGCGAAGAAUGAUAUUCUGAUGGUGGCUGUGUAGUGAGUUGUGAGUGUCUCCGCUGCGGAGCCAUUUGGUUUAGCAGGAGGAUUGAAUUCCUGGUUUCCGAUGAAAAAAUCUUCUUCAGGCUACGAGGUGUAAUUUCCACUUUUGCAAUCUCGUCGGCACCCCUCAUAUCAUAUCCGGAGGCAUCAAUUCACGUCGUGCUCACAACAUUAUCUUUUGUUCUUUUUUUCCUUUAUCGUUUCAGAAAUUCGCGUAUCUAGAACUGGAAUUUCGUGAUAGAGAGUUGAGUCAUUGGCGAGAGAGGGAUUGAUUUGAGGCGUAAGGCUAUCGAUGGCGUCCGCUACUCUCUCCCGGCACCCUGUUGCGUCGUCUGUGGCUGUAUUGUCAGGAACGAAGUUGGUGCAGCCGAGUUUCAAGUCGAGGGUGCAGGUCAAUGAGAGGAGGCUUGCCACUUCGGUGAGGGCGGAAGUGAUGACGGCCGAGCGGAAACCCGAGCUGCCUCCAGACCGUGCCAUUGUUUCCAGUGGCGAUGAUCAACUGGAGAUUGUUCGUGUAAUUAAUGGAAUGUGGCAGACUAGCGGGGGCUGGGGCAAAAUUGAGCCGGGCCCGGCUGUGGACGCCAUGUUUCGCCAUGUGGAUGCCGGAUUCACUACCUUCGACAUGGCUGAUCAUUACGGACCAGCGGAGGACUUGUAUGGCAUUUUCAUCAAUAGAGUCCGGCGGGAACGGGGAGAUGAGCUUGAGUCUCAAGUGCGUGGGUUGACAAAAUGGGUGCCACCGCCAGUGAAGAUGACCCGGGCAUUUGUGGAGUCAAACAUAGAUCGCUCUCGCAAACGCAUGGAUGUGAAGUCCUUGGACAUGCUUCAGUUUCACUGGUGGGACUAUUCAGACAAGGGUUACCUGGACGCUUUAAAGCACUUGACCGACUUGAAAUUGGAGGGUAAGAUCAAGACGCUUGCCUUGACCAAUUUUGACACAAAGAGAUUGCAGGUGAUUUUAGAGAACCAAAUCCCCAUUGUAAGCAAUCAAGUACAGCAUUCGCUUGUGGACAUGCGUCCUCAGAAUUAUAUGGCAGAUCUUUGCAACGUUACGGGAGUGAAACUAAUCACUUACGGCACUGUGAUGGGUGGUUUACUUUCGGAGAAAUUUUUGGAUGUUAAUGUUUCCAUUCCAUUUGCCGGACCGCCUCUAGACACUCCUUCCCUCAACAAGUACAAGCGGAUGGUUGAUGCUUGGGGUGGAUGGAAACUAUUUCAAGAGCUUCUGCGAGAGGUUAAGUAUGUAUCGAACAAACAUGGGGUAUCCAUGUCCGCUGUUGCCGUACGUUACGUUCUAGACCAACCUGCGGUGGCUGGCUCUAUGAUUGGUGUAAGACUAGGGCUCAAAGACCAUAUUAGAGAUUCUCAAGAAAUUUUCAAGUUGCAGCUAGAUCAGGACGAUUACGCUAGGAUUGCGAGUGUCACCAAGAGGGGAAAGAAUCUGCAAGAUGUGAUCGGAGAUUGUGGAGAUGAGUACCGCAGAGCCUAAACUCACAUUCCUGUGGUGUAACUUUUGUAGCUUCGUGUUAGCAGAUGUAAAUUAACGUUACUUUUCAUAGAGCUUCACAUUUGGCGGUGGCAGUCGCGUCUAUCGACACGGUGAAAUGAAUAAGCAUGCUGAAUUCGUUCUGAUUUAUACCAAAAUAAUAUUUUAGCUAUCAAUUAUGAUACGAUAAGAAUUUUUCUUGA